GAGGGCACAGCUGACGCACAGGAAAAGCCACCGGGACAGAGCUGGGGCAACAUAAAGCGUGGGGCAGACGGCAGCCACGCCUGGGGACACCGCCAACAGCUCAGGGGCCAUUUGCACAGCAUGUCCCAAUGGAGUCAAGUUCAACAACUGGAAAUAAAGUUUUUAGAGCAAGUUGACCAGUUCUAUGAUGAUAACUUUCCCAUGGAAAUCCGGCAUCUGCUGGCACAAUGGAUAGAAAGCCAAGAUUGGGAGGCUGCAUCCAACAACGAAGCAAUGGCAACCAUCCUUUUACAGAACCUCCUGAUACAAGUGGAUGAACAGCUAGACCGGGUUUCACAAGAGAAGAACCUUCUCUUGAUACACAACCUGAAAAGAAUCAGAAAGCUGCUUCAGGGGAAAUACCAUGGUAAUCCCAUGCAUAUAGCAGUGAUCAUCUCAAACAGCUUAAGAGAAGAAAGAAGAAUAUUGGCUGCAGCCAGCAUGCCUGUGCAGGGACCACUGGAAAAGUCUUUGCAGAACUCUGUGGUUUCAGAGAGACAAAGAAACGUGGAGCACAAAGUGUCAGCCAUUAAGAACAGCGCCCAGAUGACUGACCAAGAUGUCAAAUACUUGGAAGACUUGCAAGAGGAAUUUGACUUCAGGUAUAAAACAAUACAAAGUUUAGAGCAGAGCGACAAAAACAGCGCCCUCAUUAAACAGGAAAUGUUGGCGUUGCAGGCGAUGCUCAAUACGUUAGACUACAAGAGAAAGGAAGUGCUAAGUAAAAUAGGCCGUGUCAUCCACGAAAUUGAUAUGCUCAUGAGCAACAUGCUGACCGAGGAACUGCUGGACUGGAAGAGACGGCAGCAGAUUGCAUGCAUCGGGGGUCCCCUCCACGGGGGGCUCGACCAGCUCCAGAACUGUUUUACGCUGUUGGCAGAGAGUCUUUUUCAAGUUAGAAGGCAACUGGAAAAACUGGAUGAGCUGUUGACCAGACUGACAUACGAUGGGGAUCCCAUCCCAGUGCAAAGACCUCAGCUGUUGGAAAAAGUCAAUUUCCUGCUCUACAACCUCUUCCGCAAUUCAUUUGUGGUUGAAAGGCAGCCCUGUAUGCCAACACACCCCCAGAGGCCAAUGGUUCUUAAAACAUUAAUACAGUUCACUGUAAAAUUAAGGUUGCUAAUCAAAUUGCCAGAGCUGAACUACCAGAUCAGAGUGAAAGCAACUAUCGACAAGAAUGUUUCAACAGUGAGCAAUCGUAGAUUUGUUCUGUGUGGAACGCACGUGAAAGCCAUGAACAUGGAUGAGUCGGCAAAUGGCAGCCUGUCAGUAGAAUUCCGACACCUGCAGCCGAAAGAAAUGAAAUCAAGUGCUGGAAGCAAAGGAAAUGAGGGCCCUCAUAUGGUGACUGAAGAGCUGCACUCCAUCAGCUUUGAAACGCAGGUCUGCCUGUAUGGACUGACUAUCAAUUUGGAAACGAGCUCUUUGCCUGUAGUGAUGAUUUCCAACGUCAGCCAGUUACCCAAUGCAUGGGCUUCUAUUAUUUGGUACAACCUAUCAACCAAUGACCCUCAGAACUUAUCUUUCUUUAACAACCCCCCUGCCGCCACUCUAAGUCAGCUCUUAGAAGUACUGAGCUGGCAGUUUUCAUCCUAUGUUGGCCGUGGACUCAAUUCCGAGCAACUCAACAUGCUGGCAGAGAAACUUAUGGGGCAACAGGUCAGUUACAGUGACUACCAGCUCUCCUGGGCAAAGUUCUGCAAGGAACAUUUACCUGGCAAGUCUUUUACCUUUUGGAUUUGGCUUGAAGCUAUACUGGACUUAAUUAAAAAACACAUUCUUCCUCUUUGGAUUGAUGGGUACGUAAUGGGAUUUGUAAGCAAAGAGAAGGAACGAAUUUUGCUCAAAGACAAGACACCAGGAACAUUUUUAUUAAGGUUUAGUGAAAGCAAUCUGGGAGGAAUUACCUUUACUUGGGUGGAUCAGUUAGAAAAUGGAGAAGUGACAUUCCAUUCGGUGGAACCCUACAACAAAGGCCGCUUAGCUGCGCUGCCCUUUGCUGACAUACUGCGAGAUUACAAAGUUAUCAUGGCAGACAACGUUCCUGAAAACCCUCUGAAGUAUCUGUACCCGGACAUUCCCAAAGACAAGGCCUUUGGCAAACACUACAGCUGUCAGCCGAAUGAAGCCUCAAAACCCUCAGACGGAGGAGUCAAAGGUUACGUUCCUUCUGUAUUUAUCCCAGUCUCCAAAAUCUUAAAUGACUCUACAGAUCCACAUUCUCCAUCAGAUCUUCUUCCAAUGUCUCCAAGUGUUUAUGCUGUGCUGAGAGAACAUCUGAGUCCCACAGCCAUCGAAACUGCCCUGAGCUCUCCUUACUCAACUGACUGAAGUUCACAUAUUGGAAAAAUAAGCAAUCGCGUGGACACUGCAUGGGUUAGAAGCAUAAUAAAUAUCUUCUCUGCCAUCACUGUAAAUCACUAUUUCCUGGAAACCAUUAUGAUGCUAUUUUUGGGCCUCCUCCUGUUCUCAGUUCCACGUAAAACAGACAUUUUCUUCCUAGAGGUUACACAUAGCCACCUGAGACUGCUACCUACACUGAUAAAAGGCCAAAUCCAUCCCCACUCGCAGGUCAUUUGAUUCCAGUGGGGUCCAGUAGGUAUGAAUUUCUACCUGCGGAAUUACUGACCUUAUAAUUGUAAAUACAACAGUAUAAGAACAGAUUUUUUUUUUUUUUUU